AUGGAUGCCGAUAAAAAUGGGCGCACGUAUGGACGGCACGGGCCCGUUCUUGUUCACAAGCGACCUAUUCUUGCGGCGGCGGUGAAGAUCCGGCGUCCUGAUGUUUUCAUGGCUGGCUGCCCCACCGUGGCGCCACGGUCGUGCACCAAAGGACGCGGGCACGAUUCUUUGGAAAGCCAAAAGCCAACCAUCCUGCAGUGCAGUGCUUCUGAUCUCAGCCCGCACUGCGCCGCUAUGUGUUGGCUGCCGUGCUGCCAACGCAUAUUUCCGUGCCUCACAAUCCCGGCGGCAUUAUUGCGGGCAAAGCGCCUGUCUCGGAGGAUGCGGCGAAAAAAAAUGCGGAAGUUGGCAUCGCGCGUAUCACGGGCGAUUGGCCAGCCUUUCGGAGCGAGGAACCACAGCCAGUCAUCUCCACAAAACCGGGCUGCGGAUCGACAGGGCAGCACGCGACCCGGGUCGCCCAGGACACAGCAAAGAGCCCAACCGGAGCGCGCCCCCUGGCGGUGCCGGCCAACCCAUCGCGUUGCCAGGGCCAAUUGCCCGUAUUGUCGGGAGAAGACGACACCCAGCCAUGUUUCCCUCACGGGGUCGUGGUUGUUGGCGCGGGGCUGA